AUGAGGUCGAGCGGUGUGCUUGUGUGUGUGCUCCUGCUAUGGGUUGAGGGCAGCUGGGGGGACACCCCGGCCAACUGCACCUAUGAGGACCUGCUGGGGACAUGGGUGUUUCAGGUGUCCAAAGGAGGACACGACAAGAACAUCAACUGCUCUGCUGCAGCCACGGUUGAGAGCACGGUGACUGUGACCCUGGAGAAACCGUCAGUAUCCACAGAUGAGCUGGGGAACAGCGGCUUCUUCACCCUCGUCUACAACCAGGGUUUUGAAGUGGUCAUCAAUGGCUACAAAUGGUUCGCCUUCUUCAAGUACACUGAAGGUGGGCUAUGGGUAACCACCUACUGUGACCAGACCAUGCCGGGGUGGGUCCAUGAUGUCCUGGGACACAACUGGGCCUGUUUCGUGGCGAAGAAAGUGAAAUCAGUACCACCCCAAAUAGAUUACAAACCACUCUUCAGCAGCAGGCUGCUCGAGAAGCCGUACAAACACAACCUGGACUUUGUUGAUUUAAUCAACUCUGUCCAGAAGUCCUGGAAGGCUGCGGCCUACCCCGAGCACGAGCUGUUCACUCUGAGGGAGCUGCAGUACCGCGCAGGAGGGCCCGCCUCCCGCAUCCCUCAGCGUGUUCGCCCUAUGCCAGUCAAAGCUGGUUUGGCCAAGAUGGCGGCUGCUCUACCUGAGCGCUGGGAUUGGAGGAACGUUAAUGGCGUUAACUUCAUCAGUCCUGUGCGAAAUCAAGCAUCGUGUGGAAGCUGCUACUCCUUUGCCACCAUGGGAAUGCUGGAAGCUCGAAUUCGAAUCCUCACCAACAAUACCGACACCCCCAUCCUCAGCCCCCAGCAAGUGGUCUCCUGUUCCGAAUAUUCUCAAGGUUGCGAUGGCGGAUUUCCAUACCUGAUUGGGAAGUACGUGCAGGACUUCGGUCUGGUGGAUGAGUCGUGCUAUCCAUAUAUUGGAAAGGACUCUCCCUGCGGUCUCCCUAAGAACUGUAGUCGCAUCUACACCGCCGAUUACAGCUAUGUUGGCGGGUUCUAUGGCGGCUGCAGUGAGAUGGCUAUGAUGUUGGAACUGGUCAAGAAUGGACCAAUGGGAGUGGCCUUUGAGGUCUACCCCGACUUCAUGCACUAUAAGGAGGGCAUCUACCACCACACAGGCCUCGGAGACCCCUUCAAUCCCUUCGAGCUGACCAACCAUGCCGUGCUGUUGGUGGGCUACGGCCGCUGCCACAUGACCGGUCAGAAGUACUGGAUUGUCAAAAACAGCUGGAGCACCAACUGGGGUGAGGACGGCUACUUCAGGAUCCGCAGAGGCAGCGACGAGUGUGGCGUCGAGAGCAUCGCCGUGGCAGCAAACCCCAUCCCCAAACUGUAGACGCUCGGAGAGGUUUAACAAUCAGUCAUUCAUAAAAAUGUUAAACUAGGAAUUAGUUAAAAGCAUAAGAAGGGACACCAAACUUAUCUUUUAUGGUUGAUUUAGUAUUAUAACAUACCAUUCAUUUGAAUUGGAGUGAAACUGCUAUUUACAUUUGUUUAUGUUUUCCAAUUUCAGCUAUCACUGAUUAACUGCCUAUGGAUGAUUUUAAUUCAAGCUUUAACUGCCAACACAAACUUGGAAACAAAAUGCAUCGGGUCUUACUUGAAUGCUGAAUGGUACUAAAAUAUAAAAGUUUUGAUGCACAACGUUACUGCAGAUGUGAAGGGAUUUAAAUUGAAAGGGAACUGGGGAGUGUUUGUGUUUUAUUGUCAGGUGCAGGACUUUGAUUAUUUUUCUCAGGGAAGCAACGGUGCAGAAUUGCAACCUCUUUUGUCCUUGCACCAAAUUGAAAAUGUUACUGCCAUGUUUCUCUGUGGAGCAUUUUAACUGGAAUUAUUGAUCAAGCAGAAUAAGGGAUUAAGUGAUUUUAUUGCAUUUUAUUCUGAUUUGCACUGAUGUUUUUAAUUUUGAUGGAAUAAAAGCAUUUAUAAAUGUUG